AUGAACAAAGCCUCGUCAGCUACAUAUUUAGAAGAUUGCCUUUUACGGGGGUUAGAACGAGAAAACCUUCAAAAGGUGCACGCGGAGCUGGCGGAAGAGGAGCAGUACGACCAGGAGGAACUGGAAGAAACAUUGGAAGAGCAGCAGCCGGAAGAAGACGACGACAUCGAAGAAGACGAAGAAAGCGGGACUUCACUCAACAUUGCGCACAGCAACAGUGCCAACGGGGACCGAUACAGUAGGAACGAUUUCAUUGGAGGAAAUCUUCCCACGCGUGGGGCGAACAGUAACGAGUAUGUGCUAAACUAUUUGAACACAUACAUAAAUAAAAAUAUAAGGAACGGUAAAACACUAGAAAAUAUUAACCAACCCAACUUAUUAACAAGCCAAAGUACAGACAACAUGAUAAGUGGAAAUCCGACCAACGUUACAAUUACUGAUAGUAACAAACAGUGCAUGAAAAACUUUUUCAAAGACAGGGAUAAGGGUAACCCUUUAUAUGAUGCGCAGACUGCAGCCAACCUGCACUACAUGCUAAUCCCAAAUGAGAAUGAACGGAAAGAGAAUGUGAACUGGAAUGAACGUAUAAGCAAUUUUAUACACACGGAACUACAAAACGGUUUCGUGGAUGAUAGAGUGUAUGCAUCAAACAGGAGUAACUUGAUGAAUGGAGCGAAUUGUUCAGACCAACGAAUGAAGAACCCACACGAUUGGGAGAAAGCAACAUCCGUACUGGACGAAGACGUGGGAAACAUCUUUGUUAAUAAAUUUCAUCCAGGGGAGACGGGAAUCUCCACCGGGGGGGUGCCUCACCCGAGUAGCGUGCGUAACGUUCAGAGUGACUUGGUCCACGUGGGCAAGUAUGACGGUGAGAGAGGCUACGACGGGAGAACGAACCGGCAGCAUGUGAGUACAAAUUGUACAGGUGCAGAUGGGGUAAGUAAUUAUCAUGUGAAUAACCCCCGUUUGGGCACCCCUCAUGUCAGUAACGAAACCACAAAUCGGAACGGCUUCACGAAUGAACCCAACCCGAACAACGCCAGAGAGUGCGAAAAUCACAAGUUGUCACCGAGAGGAAGUGAAAAUGUCUCCCCGAGUAAGAGGCCGAUCGAGUGUGAUAAGUCUCAGGGGAUGUUCCACAACAGCGUUGGAGAAAAAUACGCCAAAUGGGAAGUCCCCAAUAUGAAGGAAGAAGACCCCAUCAUACUAACCGACAGUGAAAAAAUGAACUGUGCAAACAGAAAGGGGAAGGCAGGUGAACUACCUGAAGUAAUAUCUCAUUCAAGUCACUGGAUGAGAGGACAAGAGAAGGAAAAUUAUCGAAGCUUUCUCUAUGUAAUUAAUAAAAAAAUGGAAAUGCUUUCCAAAGAUAGGAAUGUCAUUGCUGUGGAAAAUAUGUACAAGCCGGGCUUACAACCUGUGAAUGCCUCUCAUAAACAUAACAACCCCUUGUGUGUGGGCAACACUGAUAAGGGGGCCGAGAAAGUGAAUUCAAGGGAAAGAGAAGAAGACCCUAUUGAUAAUGUCGGAUCGUCCACUGUUAAUCCAAAUUGUUAUACAGGCUUCGUACAUAACGAACCAAACGAAAGUUACAAAAAAGCGAAUUUGAAAACGGUACAAUCAGAACGACAAUAUGUGGCACAACAAUGUUAUGAUGAAAGAGCAACUCUGGGUGAUGCUCCGGGGUUGUAUUCCCGUCGGGGUUCCUUAACCCAGGGGGGAGCCCAUCCGAGUGGGUUGUUGGAUAGCCACGGGCGAAACAUAUCCACGGAUUAUAACCCAAUGAGAGACCUAGAAAUGCUGGGAGGCCAGGGAAGCAGUUCAUCAGAUAACUUCCCCUGCAGUGGCGAUCCAGUGAACAAUUUAAGUAAUUACUGUGAUGAUGACCCCCCCGAGGUGGGUAAAUUAAACGGCGUGAAUUUUUCCAACCACGUGGAUAGGCUAAGUGUACAGUUAAAUUUUAUCGAGGAGGGGCUAGUGGGCUACCAGAAGGAAGGAGGCCCAAGUAGUUUCCCUUUUGUUCAGAAGGAGAAGAGUGCAACAAAUCCCCACGGUGAUAAUUAUGGUGAUCAUCUUGACCACGGGGAGCAGAGCGACCACGCCGACAUGACCGAAUCGCAGUGCGAAAAUUACGCAUCCGAAAAAGGUGUUGGAGCUGUGACAAGCGCAGGAGAGGAAGAGGAUAGCCGCACCAACCGGAACAGCGCAGGUGGAAAUGAAAACUGCUCCAGUAGCAGGAAAAGUAGCCACCCGCACAGUUAUAACAACAGUGACCCAUUCAAUGUGGAUGCCUUUGCAGGGGACCCAUUUGGGAAUGACCCCUUUGCGGGUGAUCCUUUUUUUAAUGAUCAUCAGUUUGGGAAGGACGGGUCAUGUCUGAACCAGAUAGGCACCUACAGUGAGCACAACGAGUAUUACCCCAACGUGGAGGAUAACGAAAACGACAAGGAGGGCAGUGAAAAUACGACGGACAACGUUAACAACAACGCUACGUUGAAUGACGAUUAUGUGUUUCCAUCGAGUGGAAAGAACCAUCAUGAUAUAGAAGGUGGAGUUGCUUCAGGAAGUAACCAGGCUCACUUUAAAAACGGAAGUUACCUCUUCACAGGCAGCAGCAGCAGUAAUAACAAUUGUGUAUCUGAGAAGGAGAUGCGAAAGGGAGGAAACACAUUCAGCAGCUCGGCCAGUGGUAGUGUUCCCCCCCACCAUGAAGAUUUCAUUUGCGAACACCUAAGUAGUGACCAUGUCGAGACGGUCAACGGGAGUGAAAGCAUAUGCCAAUUGCACCAUGGAAGUGACAUCAGUGACGGGGGUGGAAGGCAAAGCAAAGCCAGCCACGAUAGUGGCAACGAUAGCAACAAUGGGUGUAGCCAAGAUGGAAGUACCACCGGCGUGGAGGGAAACAGAAGAUUGUUCAGUAACGUCCACCAUGGGAGGGCACCAAAUUUCACUCAGAAGAAAAAUAUAAAUGACGGUCAUGCAAAUGAGGAGGACGUACUGCACUCUGCAGCAACAAGUAGCCACUUCAGUUUUAACAGUUGUGUUAUUCAUGUGAAGGGAGAUAAUACCCCCCGAAAUGAGUCCCAUCCGGUGGAAAAUCGCUUCGUCAGUGAGGACCAGGCGGCAGUUCCUAUAUCAGCAGGAGCGGACUCCCCAUGCAUGGAGGAUGAAUUUUCACGGGCAAGUCAGAAAAAUGAAAGAGCCAUUACUCUCACAGAUGUUGGGGCUGAUAUGGCUAGCAGUGACAGAUCUGUCGAAUGCACUCGUGGAGAGAGCGAAACGGACGGAAAGAACGAACACGCAGAAGUACUCUCCCGUGUUCAGGAGGAGGUCUGCCCAAAUCAUGUUAGAGAAGAAGUAAGUAACAAGGAGCAACAUACAUUUGGGAGAAAUUCCAAUCGCAUGCAAAAACACAACCACGUAGAGGUGAAUUUAACCCACGAAGGUUACCCUCAUAUGGAUAAAAAUUUCCAUAAAAACGGAAUCGCGAUAAGUACAAAUAAUAUGAUCACCCAUGGAAGCAGCAUGACCAGCAGUGAAGAAUGGAUGCACCUGAAUGGGCAGUAUCAUCAGGUGGAUCACCUUAACGUCGCUAAAGCGAACAGAAUAGGAAGCCCCCAAAGUGCCAACACUAGCAGCGGAAGAAAUGCCCAUAAUAGUUUGGCAGGGAGUGUCAGCAGUUUAAAUUCUGUGAAUGCGAAAAAGGGGAGUUACGUCCCUGCGAAUCAUUCGAGGGAUUAUUGUGGUCUGGGUUCCAUUAGCAGCAGCAUUAAUCGUGCUAGCGGAUUUGGAGACGGCCCAACUUCUUCCAAUCAUGACCUCUUGCAGGGACUCCACAGUGACACUGUGAUGCAGCACCCCAUGCGAGAUAGAAACACUAACGAAGGAACCGUUGGACAACCCUACGACUGGAACAAUGAACGAACCACCAGCUAUGCCCCCGCCUCAUUUUACAGAAACAAUAACGAAACGAAGAACUUUUUAACAAAUUUUUUUGAUGCUGUCGAAUCGGGUACUUUGAACCAGAGGGGAUACGAACACGAGGUUGACGACCUCCAUUUUUCACGCAACGGGUAUCAGAAGCAGAGUGAAGUGAAGAACCAUAAGGAGAGGAUCCCCCCGACGAUUGAUCGUCCUACCCAUAGUGGCAGCAAUUCAAACCAUGUAAGGAAUGAAAAUACGAUAGAUGUGUUUAGUAGUGCGAAUCAGUUUGCAGGGGUGAAGAGUCUGGGCACGAUGGACAUCCUGAGUGGGGGCAUCUCCAAUGCGUGUAGCGGGGGCGCCAACAACGUCAACCAUUUUAUGAACAAAAAUGACGGUGGCGAUGUGCACCAGAAGGUGGCCAUUCCGAUGACAGGCCCAACCUCGAAGAAUGUAAACAUGGCAGAAAAUCACCUACCCCACAAGAACGUCCCUCUCAUGCAAAGCACCCGAAAUAGUAACCUCGCACACUCCGUUGUUAAUUACAACCCCAGCAAGCUUCUCAUUAAUAAGCACAUCCACGCUAAUAAUAAGUGUAUGAACGGCAAGGUGAAAAUUACGAAUAAUGGAAAUAGCGGUCCGCAUAGCAGUAACAAUAACAUGGGUAACCUUUGGGGGGACUAUCGUCCUGGUGGUGGUCCUGCAAAUGUGGGCAGCCCCAACUUAACACAGGUCGACAACGAAAACAGAAAAUACCUUCCUGCUUUAGGUAACAACAGUGGCGGUGGUAUACUUCCUACCCCCCACAGGAAGGAGAAUAAUAAUCCACCUACAGAUGGUAAAGCGAAAGGCAAAAUGGCCAUUCCAGCGUUAAUAACCACGGGUGGGAAGGCAAGCUUGUUGAACAAUCCAAUGGAAGAAUGUAGUAACCUUGUUAUGUCUACCCACGGAGGGAUCACACACACAGCUGUUAGUGGGGCGAACAACUGUACCAGCACCACGCCAAAUGAACACAACUUGAGUGUUCCUUUCAAUAAAGUAGGUCUUGGAGGAGUCCCCUUUUACAUCACGGAAAGUAAAAACAUCCGUGGGAGUAAUUGCCCAAACGGUGGCAACCUUAAUAAAUUGGAGAGGAAAGAUUCGUUUAGCAGUAAUGGAGACGCCAGUGGUAGCAGUACGAUGGUAGAAUCGAGGCAAGUGAACCAACAGUUUAGCGAACAAGAACAGAAUUCAAAUGGGAUGAACGGGGUGAUAAUCCCUGGAACGGCGGCAUAUGAAAGGGGUAACAAUGUUGUUGCGCCAAUCCAAUCCGUACCGUCAGGUGGAGGAGGGAUCCUAUGCACCCCAUCCACCAAUGGGGGUGCAAUCACCUCCUCACAAGUCAUGUCCAACCAUAAAAUGAACAGCUUUCUAAUGAAUGACAAUCUAAGUAACAUUAUGUUGAGCCAAAAUUUUAACAGCUUUUUUAAUAGCGCCCGAACGAACAUACAGGGAGUGGGGGGGAGUAGCACUCCCUAUGGAAGCGUCGGCGCGGAUAAUCCAAACGGGAACAACUCCAGUGCGCAGAAUAUCAUCCCCCCGAAGAAGAACGAACUUAUGUUUAGCGGCAUGAAGAGCAACCUGGGGGAAGGAAAAAGAAACAACAUUUGCGAAACGGUUAGUACGUACUGCAAGGAGAACUCAAAUGAUGCGUCAAAAAUAGGGGAAAACCUCCUCUUUCAGGGAGGUGCCUCGACGGGUGGAGUACCCAAUGAAAGGGUGAAGGAUCAGACGUCACAUCAACUAGUCCACCCCAAAAUGACAGACCCGAACAGUAACAACCUUGCCAUUUAUAUUGGCAACCAUAAAAUGAGGAAGUAUGUAAAGGUAAAUAAAAUGGAGGAGUCACAUGUGAACCACUCAUUUGUCAGUGGCGGUAGGUUUAAUGAGUAUUCGAAGCAUAUUGUGGAGGAGCAUUUUCAAGGGGAUACGAAUCACAACUCCAAUGAGCAGAAUGUAGGCGAAUCAUUUAGUGGGAGGAAUCCGCGCAUUCCGCACUAUGCAGAAGGUAGCACCAAUAGCGGAUUCUUGAAUGGUGGAGUUAGCAGUGCUAUCUUAAGCGGAGGCAACGGAAUGGGUAACCAAAACGGGCCCACAACCACCCAGUUUCGAAAAAGCUUUGUGCCCAACAAGAAUGCCUAUAUGAAGGCUAGCAAUGGUGAAUUAUGGGAAACCGCUGCGACGAGGGAUUAUAACGGUCCUCUACAAAGCGGGUUCGAUGGUAAAGGAGAUCCUGUACCUUCCGUGGCGACUGCCUCGAUGGGCGGGGCUCAACUAAUCCGGAACCAUCCCAUAAAUCAAAACAUACGUUGCUCCGAACAGAGAAUCGAAGACCAGAUGGGUCACUACCUUCACAGGGCCGAACUCGCUGCGGUAAACGUAGACCCCGAAAGAAUGUGCAAAGAAGAGGAUAACAGUACUAUUAAGGCACAAGAGAGGAAGUACCCCAUGCAGGCCGAGGUGCUAACGAAACGGAUGGGUAGCUUAGGUCAGGAAUACACCGUUAGCAGCAGCACCAACAGUGGUAGCAGUAACAACGGCAGUAGCAACUAUAGCGGUGGGGGAGGCACCUACAGUGCUGGUGGCAAUUACACUGUUGGUGGCAACAAGGUGGCCCCCCAGAGCAGCCUGAACAAUGCAGACAUGAAAAACGUGAUGAUGACUAUGAUACAGAACCCAAUGAAUUGCAACGCAGGUGUUGUAGGGAACCACGUUAGGAAGGGAGCACCUGUCGUUGGGGCAGCAAACCCCAUUGGACCUACCCCAUGUCACAUGGCACAGAACCCAAGGAACAUCAACAACGAUAACAGCGUUCCAAACGAUUUGUUACUGAAGGGAAAAAAUUUCGAGGAGCUGAUAUGCAGCAAGGGUUACGUUCAGAGUAGGUACCCACAGCACCAUGCGUAUAAUAAUGUGAAUACAAAAAUGGCUAGCCCGCUUCAGGGUGCACCAAACCCCCAGCAGUAUGGAGUUCAUGGUGGUAUGCAUAGCGGCCUGCAUGGCAAUGUGUAUAACGUGCCGCUUAGCAUCCCCCCAUGUGCGGGCGUCCCUGCCAAAAGCAACGAUGAUUUAAGAAUGGGUGGAGAAAAAGGCAACUUAAAGGCGCCACUUAGCAACGUCAACAUGAGGAACCCAAUGAAUAGAGAUAUUGCGAUGUGCAACUCGGUGGGGGGCAUUUGUUACAAUAGGAACAACAAUGUGGUUACCCCGAUGAUUGGAGCAGGAAGCACCAACAAUAAUAUACCCGGUCGAAGUAUAGAAUCGUAUAAUAACAUGAUGAGCAGCGAUCAGGCAGGAAAUCUGAUGCAACAACAACACAUGCUGGACGCCUGCGCAAAGAACAGGAACAUUCUAAAUAAUAACCUAAAAAUGGAUGUUAGUAAAAACUGCGCAAAGGUUAGGAGUGCACAUCAACAGAAUGGUUAUGCUCACCUCGUGGUGCAGCCAAAUGGGGACAUGCGAAAGGGAGGACAACAACCACAUCCCCUGGCGGUGUCGCUAGGGAUGGGGGGUUUACAAACAGCUUUGCCAACGCCAGCUGUAGGAAUGGCACCAGGGGCAAUGAUUUUACACAACCAGAACGGAGCCCUCAACGAAUACGCACAACAUUACUAUGAGCAGCAACAGCAGUCCCUCCAGGUGAUGCACUCUCACCAUCAGAUGUAUCCCCUCCAGCAGAUGUACCCCCUGCACCAGUUGUACCCCAUCCAGCAGAUGUAUCCCCACCACCUGAUGUUUCCCUCAUGUGAGACCCCGCACGGGCAGCAGUACGGGAAGUACCUCUCGAACAGCAGUGACUUGGCCAUCAAAAAGAAGGAAUACGAAAAUAUGUUCAGGCUAUCCAAAAGCCAGCUUCUAAAUUUGGAGAGUGAAAUAAAAUAUCUAAAAUCGCUAGCUGCGUAUAAUAUAAAACCUAAAGAUUUAUACUUUGAGACGUACGAGGAGACGGCUAUUCUUCCUUACGACGGUGGUGGCAUCAUGAAUGGAGAUUACUGUUAUUACCACAGUCAGCAGUAUCCAGGGGGGGGAGUGUAUUCUAUGGAUGGUGGUGUUCUACCCGUAGGAGGUGCUAAUCAAAUGUGCGGUAUAGUAAACUCAGUUGAUAACUCGAUCGGCAAUCUCUGCAAUGUGAAUGGCAGCAUCAGAGGAGCAGCAACGGGAUCACCGAUGGAUCAACCCCCCCUGGGUGGGAAAGUCAAACGAGAAAGGGGAAAAACAAAACUAUACACGAACAAAUUUAGCAGCAAGUUCAAAUACACGGUAAUUGAGGAAGGGUCAUUCGGGGUAGUCUACAAAGGGUGGUACAAAGGAAUGCAUGUAGCUGUAAAGGUACCAGUAGAUAAAAUGGCCAAACAAGACCCCUACGGAUUAACCAAAAGAUCCAUCAAUGAGUGGAAAAUUCUCUCAAAAUGUGAUCACCCAAACAUUAUUAAAUUAUGUGGAGGAAUCAUACACAGUUAUUUCGACAUUUGGCUAGUCACCAAGUUGGUAAACGGAUUAGAUUUACACACGAUAAAAAAUAACAUGAAAAAAGACGACAAAGUUAUGAGCAUUGAUGUGUCUUUGAAAAUGUGCAGACAGCUAGCUAAUGUUAUAAACUUUUUACAUACCCCCAUAAAAAAUAAAAAAAAUGUAAUUAUCCAUAGGGAUAUAAAGCCAGAAAAUUUAAUCAUUGACAAUGACUGGAAUAUACAUCUCUGCGAUUUUGGCGAUUCUGAAGAAUGCGAAGAUGGAAUUGUAACAAAUGUGUCUGGUGCUACGUGGAUUUAUGCUCCACCAGAACUGCUAACAUGCCACCCUUUGAAGCAGAGUAGUGACUACAAUUUUUUGGACCAUACGAAAUUGUCGUACAAGUGGGAUAUCUGGUCCAUGGGAUGCGUCUUCCAAGAAAUGAUGAAUUUGCCUUCUCCGUUUCAACAUUACAUCAUCACCUUUGAUGAGUCGGAUCAGAUUUAUGAGAAACUGGUCGAUGUCUUUACGAGGAAGUUACCUCCUUGUAUUCAUUCGAAGAUUGAAAACUCUCCCUUCGCAGACAUAAUUCGGCUUUGCUUAAACUACGACCCGAAUUUGCGCCCCACGGCAUCCGAAAUUGUUCAACUGCUUAACCAACCGGACGAGUACCUCCUGUUGAAGAGGGCCUAG